GAGAGCUGCGUCGCGGCAUCUGGAAUCAGCCGGGCACUCCAGCAGACGAGGCGAACCGGCUGUUCACCGAGUACAAGGAGAACAGGGACAUGGUGCACGGGCUGGGCAGCCACUACUUCAUCACGUACCCGGUGCAGAUCCGAGACUCGCGGCGACAAUCGACCAUCAUCACACGCGAGAACGGGCCCUCCAAGCUUGAGAGGGACAACACGUCAUCUAGGAACGGAUUUUAUCAAAAGGUGUCAACAAAACAUGUGGAAAAGACGUCACUCAUGAUAAAAGCAUUCACCCAUCAGUUUCAAAUCGACCUGCAACUCAAUUCACAGCUGCUGGCACCAAACCUCAUUCAUCGACAUUACCUGCCAAACGGAGCUGAGCAGAUCUCUAAACAGGAGAUCGAGCACUGCUACUACCACGGCACGGUGCACGGCUACCCGGGCGCCGUGGCCGCAAUGCGGACCUGCAACGGCAUCUCGGGCGUCAUUCAGAUCGGCAACGAGACCUUCAUCAUCCACCCCUUCUUCGGCGGCGACAUGUCGUCGAAGCACCCGCACCUGGUGUACGAGGCGCCCAGCCUGACCACCCAGGCGUGCGCCAACACGCGCAUGUACGAGUGGGGCCUGCGCAACUACCGCGACCUAUCGGACGUGCCGCCGCCCGAGUGGGCCGGCCAGGCGCCGCGCGCGCCCAGAGACGUCCGCAUGGUCACCAAGCACAUCGAGCUGGCGCUGGUGCUCGACAAGGCCAUGUUUGACCUGCGUAACGCCUCCACCCGGGAGAGCGUUAUCCACGACGCCAUCCAAAUAGUGAACAUCGCCGACCAGUACUACAAGACGCUGAACACGCGCAUCUCGCUGGUGUACAUCGAGACGUGGUCGGCGGAGAACCAGGCCACCGUCAGCCCGGCCGAGGAGAUCCAGCAGGCGCUGCUCAACUUCAAGGACUACGGCAGCCGCAAGCUGUUCCAGAUCUCCCGCGACACCACUCACCUGCUCACCGGCGCGCGGUUCAAGUACCGCAAGACGGGGAUGGCGGUGCCGCGUCAGAUCUGCAACGACAACUCGUACGGGGUGACGGUGGACAGCAACGUCUACGAGCCGCACGUCACGGCCAGCACCAUGGCGCACGUGCUCGGACACGUCAUCGGCAUGGCGCACGACGACCGCGAGGGCUGCACGUGCUCCGACUGGCACGGCUGCAUCAUGUCGGCCAACAUCGUCGGCAAGGACAGCGUGCAGCCGUACAAGUUUUCGCAGUGCUCGCGGCUCGACUACCACAAGGAGCUGGAGCGCUCGCACGGCCUGUGCCUCUUCAACCGACCCAACGAGGUCUCCCUGAAGAUCCGGAACUGCGGUAACGGUAUCGUGGAGGACGGCGAGGACUGCGACUGUGGCACCGUGGACAGUGCCGAGUGCGCCCGACUGGACCCGUGCUGCGAUCACAUCACCUGUAAGCUGCGCGACCAGGCCGAGUGCUCGUCGGGGCCGUGCUGCGACAACUGCAAG